CAUUGGAAAAGCUUUGUUCUGUAUUGAUUCCAUGGCUUUACCUUCUUGCUUAAAGACUGGAGUUUUAAUGUCUCCGGCCACUGGAAUUAAUUUUUCCGGCAGUCUGAUGAAGUUGGACAGUGGCUUUGCCGUUCCGACAAAGUUACAGAGUAAUCGAAAAGGUGAUCGAGAGAGACUGAGAAUCCAAGCUGUCUUCAGUUUCCCUCCUGCGUUUCUGACAAGAAACGGUCGAGCUGAGAAACAGAAACAGCUCAAACAAGAACUUCUUGAAGCCAUUGAGCCUCUUGAACGUGGUGCUAAGGCUUCGCGUGAUGACCAGCUUCGUAUUGAUCAGUUAGCGCGUAAAGUGGAAGCUGUUAAUCCCACCAAGGAGCCUUUGAAAUCUGAUUUGAUCAAUGGGAAAUGGGAGCUCAUUUAUACAACUUCUGCUUCGAUUUUGCAGGCAAAGAAACCAAGGUUCUUAAGAUCAAUUACCAACUAUCAAUCUAUCAAUGUGGAUACAUUGAAGGUGCAAAACAUGGAGACUUGGCCUUUCUAUAACUCGGUAACUGGAGACUUGACACCCCUCAAUUCGAGGAAGGCUGCUGUGAAACUCCAAGUGUUUAAAAUUCUCGGCUUUAUUCCUGUAAAAGCACCUGAUAGCGCCCGCGGUGAACUAGAGAUUACCUACGUAGACGAGGAACUACGGUUAUCAAGGGGUGACAAAGGGAACUUGUUUAUACUGAAGAUGUUCGAUCCCACUUAUCGAAUCCCUCUCUGAUCUAUCGAAAAAAAAACGGUUCUGAGCCAUCAUCAUACAUACCUUAUAUGGCUUGUUCUAUCUCUCUUCAUCAUGUAUGUAAUCUAACAUAAAGUCUAAUAAGAGAGAAUAAAAAGAGACGAGCUUUUGUCAUUUUUUCAACUUGUUCAAAUCAAAGAUUCUGAAUCUU